CAAAAGUGAUCGUCUUGAGUGCAUACAUAAAUUAAACGUUCUUCUUCGAUUAUUUUUACUGGAGAUUAAAAGACCUUCAGAUGUCCAAAUCUCUGUUUUGGGAGGCCGUGUUUAUAUUGAGCGAGAAAACUUGUAUGAAAUUGCGUUAACUUUGUUUGGGCCUGAAAAAAACUUUUGUUGGAGGGUUAUUUCAUUAAAACUUUUGAUAAAACCGACUGAAGACAUUGAAUUCAUGCUUGAAAAUGAGAAUAACUGGUUGGAUUCGAGCGCAUUUAAGUCCGCGCAAACAAAUGAAAUUUUGUUUUUACUUCAAGAAUUUUUGUAUUCGAAGCCGGAAGACCCUUUUGUAGAAGUCUGCCAGUUAUUGGACGAGUUUUCUUUAAGUCUUCAGUUGAGUUAUUUGCAUGUUCAGGCCAACUUUUUAAACAGUGAAAAAUGGGCAUCCUUUUUGAAAAUCGUAUUCACUAAAAAUUCUCAUCUUCUUAUUUAUUACUGGAGGAAUUUUCAACACUUCGACCUGAGGCCAAUCAACGAACAAGAGAAGCCUUUCAUUAAAAUUUAUGUAAGUCUUCACGAUCAUACCUUAAAAGUUGAACAUUUUCCAUCAUUGGAAGAACGUUUUGAUAUCAAUUUGGGCCGUGUCGCCUCUUCUUGUGUAGUGAGUCUAGAUAAGCUUCUCAGUCACUUGGUUAGAUCAUACAUCGAAUGUCUACUGGAUGAAAUUAUGUUGUAUCUGCGCGGGGCUGCUUUUAGUGAAAAAGAUCACGUGUCUAAGGUCUGCGAGACCUACGGCUGUUUUCUAAAAGUUGAAUUUUUGAAUUCUUUUCCUUUUCGAGUUGAUAUUCACAAUUUACGCGGUCAUCUAACAUUAACUCCUCUAUUUAUCGGCCUCACCGAGCCUUCCUCAAAAAUACUGAACAAUAUAAAUUUGGCUUUGAGCCUUUUUAAGGUCACCUUGUUGGAUUCAUUAAAUUUACUGAAGACAGAACUAAUGAAAGAAUGCAUUUAUAAACUUUGUUUCCGGUUAAACUUGCAGUAUUUUCAAAGUCUUCCUAUUGUACACCCAUCGGCGUCCACCAUAUCGGAAACCAAGACUGGGGCCCCUUUUGGUGAAUCUUCACAAUUAUUCAUUCUAUUGUCUAAAAGUAGGUAUUUGAAAAUCACAGUCAACCGUGAUGAGGAAUUGUUGUUGUACGAACUUUUAACGGUAACUCCUAUUGAACCUACUUCGCUUUUACUGACUGUCUCCUCGACGGACUUCAUAUUUAUUAGCCCCUCAAGCUUUUUAGCCAAUUCUUGUGAACUGCACGAAACUGUAUUAGCGAAUAAAAAACAUCUGCUUACACUUCACGUUUUUGAAGCUAUUCAACAGGCGCAAGUGAAAUUCAUUAUUAGCGAAGUUUCUAACCAUCUAGAAAACUUCAAUAUUCAUUUUUCAUUGCAAUUACUAUGCGAUUAUUCGGGCUUUAAUGAAUCCAGCGAAGAUGCACGUGCGCUUUUUAUAGUAAAAACUAUUCCUCCCCCCCAACAAAUACGCUCAAGAAUGGCGGCAACAUUUCUGGAGACUUCCUCUGACAACUUUGCGGAAAUAUCCUUACAAACUUUUGGGGAUCACGUUAUUAAUAAGUUUUUGCGGGCGCGAAUUUUGUGGAAAGAAGCCUUUUUAUUGGCACUUCAGUCUUUGAAAAAAGACGUUUUUUGCCCCCAAAAACCUGGCUACAACGAAGAUUCGAUAUUUUUACAGUACGAUGCUAUUUGCGAGGAAUCCUUCGCUCAGUUCAUUAAUGAUUGGCAAAGAAUUAUUGUAACCACGAGUCUUGCGCUGACCAGCAACGAGCGCGUGGUUGUUAACCAAAAAGAUGCUAACGAAUGGGAUUAUAAUAUUACUUCUUUUGAUUAUGAAAAUUUAUCCAUAAGGUUCCGGUUGUGUCCAAUCAAAUGCGACAUUUGGGCAACGUUACAUAUUAAAUGGAUUUCUGAUAAAGUCGGCUUCCUCAUUAAGUCUAUUGAAACUAACAGCACUUUGUUGGCUCUAAUGAAUGUUUUCAUUCUCGAUUUGCUAAAUUCUGUGGAGGAUUUUUAUUCUUUUUCCUUAGUAUAG